UUUCGGGUCAAGGCCGUUUAUCGCUCACAACCCCGCAGUCGCCGGAGAGCGGGUGUCGUGCUGGGGCGUGCGCGGUGUUGUCGGGGUGGGCUCCGGUCAGGAGUUGUCCAGGAAAAGGUUCUAAAUAUUUGGGAGCUUAAACUGAGGUAUACUUAAAAUGCUGAACAAUUGUCGCAAGGUCGCCUGUGGGCUACAGUGGACUAAAUUACACCAGACCGUGCUUAGGCAAUGCGCCCGAGGUUGAGCAUAUCGGUUGGAAGAAGAGGGGAAGCUGCCUCAACGCCUUUGCCUGAGAUCACUGAAAAGUAUCCUCAUCUUAAAACGCACAAAGACCUGUAUGAAUUUAGCCUACAAAAUCCCACAGAAUUUUGGGGUGAGAUUGCCAAGUCAUAUUUGGAGUGGAUUGAACCUUUCCACACUGUCUCAAACUGUGAUCUUCCAAAUGGGAAGAUAUCAUGGUUUGAAGGAGGAAAACUCAAUGCAUCAGUCAACUGCGUGGACCGGCACAUGCGCACAGUGCCCGACCAGACGGCGCUCAUCUGGGAGCGAGAUGAGCCGGGCACCGAGCUGCGCGUCACCUACCGCCAGCUGUACGAGCAGGUCAGCCGGCUGGCCUCGGCGCUCCUCCAGCACGGCGUGCGCCGCGGCGACCGCGUGGCCAUCUACAUGCCCACCUCGCCGGCGGCGGCCGUGGCCAUGCUGGCGUGCGCGCGCAUCGGCGCCGUCCACUCGGUGGUGUUCGCCGGCUUCAGCGCGCAGGCACUGGCCAGCCGCGUGCAGGACGCGGAAGCCGAGACCAUCAUCACCAGCGACCAGGCCGUACGCGGCGGCAAGGUGAUCGAGCUCAAGAGGAUCGUCGACGACGCGGUGGCCCAGUGUCCGGGCGUCAAGCGCGUGCUGGUGUCCACUCGCACGGGCGCCGACGUGCCCAUGGGCGCCAUCGACAUACCGAUGGAGAAGGCGAUGGAGGCGGCUCGGGCCGAGUGUGAACCGGCCGCUAUGGACUCCGAGGACUUCCUCUACAUGCUCUACACGUCGGGCAGCACCGGCAAGCCCAAGGGGCUCACCCACAGCGUGGCCGGCUACUUGCUGUACUGCAUGUUCACACAGAAGCACGCGUUCGACCUGCGGCCGGGUGACGUGUUCUCGUGCGUGGCCGACGUGGGCUGGAUCACGGGGCACAGUCACGUGGUGUACGGCCCGCUGGCGGCUGGCAGCACGGCCAUCCUGUUCGAGAGCACGCCCGUCUACCCGGACCCAGGCCGGUACUGGGAGAUGGUGCAGCGGCUGCGGCCGACGCAGUUCUACGGCGCUCCCACCGCGCUCCGCCUGCUGCUGAAACACGGCGACAGCUGGGUCACCAAGUACGACCGCUCGUCGCUGCGCGUGCUGGCCUGCGUGGGCGAGCCGCUCAACAACGAGGCGUGGCACUGGUACCACGAGGUGGUCGGCGACAAGCGCUGCGACGUCGUCGAUACCUGGUGGCAGACAGAGACGGGCGGCGUCUGUCUGGCACCGAGGCCGUCGGAGGCCGGCGCCGAGAUUGUCCCCGGCAUGCCCAUGCGGCCCAUGUACGGCAUCGAGCCCGUGCUGCUCGACGAGAAGAGCAACGAGAUCGCGGGCGACGACGCGUCGGGUGCGCUCUGCCUGAAGCGACCCUGGCCGGGCAUGGCGCGCACCAUCUACGGCUCGCACCAGCGCUACGUGGAGACCUACUUGAAGCCGACGCCCGGCUACUACUACACAGGCGACGGCGCGCACAGACACCCGGGCGGCUACUACCAGAUCACCGGCCGCAUGGACGACGUCAUCAACGUGACGGGCCACCGGCUGGGCACCGCCGAGGUCGAGGAUGUCAUGGACGAGUACGAGCCGGUGGCCGAGACGGCCGUGGUCGGCUUCCCGCACGAGCUGAAGGGAGAGGGCCUGUACGCCUUCAUCAUCCUGAAGGAGGGCGUCGCGGAGACGGACGAGCACAUCAAGCAGGUGCUGCGCGCCGACGUGCGGAAGAAGAUCGCCGGCUACGCCGUGCCAGACCACAUGCUGAUCGUGCCCGGCCUGCCGAAGACGCGCUCCGGCAAGAUCAUGCGCCGCAUCCUGCGCAAGAUCGCGGCCAACCAGCCGGACGAGCUGGGCGACAUAUCCACCCUGCAGGACCCGACCGUGGUGGAGCAGAUCCUGGACCUCCACCGCCGGCAGACGGCCCAGUGAGCGCGGCCGGCGCCGCCGC